AUGAAAAUCAAUAUUACUGCUAGACUUGCGUCCGGCGCGUUUCUUCUCGCUUUGGUUCCUGCAACUCAAGCUCUGCCACAAUGGCUUCAACCACACCUUCGUAAUGCCAAUGCGGACGUGUUUGCUCCUCGGGAUUAUACAAUCUAUGAGAGAGCAGAGGGUAUUCAAGAUCGCUAUACACCAUAUGGAUAUGGACCUCAGCCUACCUUCACCAUAAACCCAGUCACAACCGCUGAUCCUGAGGAGACUUCAUCAUCCAGUACUAAAAUUGGAUCUGCUACGGCUUCUGUCUCUGGUUCUUCUGUUAGCGGUACACUUUCCACUGGUACUUCUCCUGUUAGUUUCUCUACUGGUUUAGGAUCGGCUCAACCUUCUGUUGUUACUUCUUCUACUGUUGCAUACUCUACAAUCACGGUUUCAGUUUCUGCUACAGAAGGUUCUUCCACGGAUUCGGCUUCGGCUUCGGCUUCAAGCUAUGAUCCAGGAACUUCUGCUUCACCAACUGGUGCCAUAUCAUCGGAAUAUAGUGGAAUUUCACCAACAAUACCUGGAGCAACAGAUACUACUCCUUCGGAGUCUAGUGGUAGUUCGUCAAUAACAUCGGCAGGUACAUACGAACCAUCUGGUAUCACUUCAUCAGAGUAUUCUUCUAACACUCCAAGUGCAACCGCUACUGAUCACUGCAAUCAUGACAAUUGUCUCCGCGAAUUCAUUCGAUCAUCCUCCAUUGUUGCUCCAUUUUGUGCUACAUAUACUUUGUCAGAAAACACUGCUACUGCAGACCUUCCAACAUAUGUUUCUCAAUGUCAUGACUCACCCUCAAGGAUAUCAUCUGCAUGUUCAUGUUUGAAUACUGGCGCCGCCACUACUCCAGGAAAUGUCGGUAGCAGCACAUCUUCGACACAAGCAGGAACAGAAAGCACAUCCCCAACAAGUGGUGCACCAACUUCUUCUGGAGCUCAAAGUUCUUCAUAUUCAUUGCCUACCGGUCCAGAAUCUUCUGCUAGCCAAAGUUCUUCUAACACUAGUUCUGGAAGCUUAGGUUCUACGGUGACUAACACUCAAACCUACACCGUCACACCUACCAUCACUGUACCUUCCGGAAGCCAGACGGCCCAACCAUCAGAAAGUGCGUCAGGUGGCGAGUCAACAACCACUUUGCCAGGGAGUGAGACGACGACUACUCCAGGUCCAAUAGGAAGCGAAACAACAGCCUCCCCAUCUGGUGGUGAGACAACAACUCCUUCUGCCGGCACCACUACUAUAUCUGGAGAUAUAACCCCAAGUGAAAGCUCAAGUAAUCCCAGCUAUACUUCAGGAGUAUCGAAUAUAGAGUCUGGAACAUCUGCGCCUGCGACCUCUACCGGUCCACCUUUCACGCCUGGAAAUUCAUCCACUCCUGUCGGUCCAAUUAGCUCAUCAGCAUAUGUUGCUGCUAGUUCGUCAUCUGCAGGACCAUACACAAAUACUUCAGCUUCAGCAACCAGUCCUCUAACUACUGGAAUUUCAUCAAUCACUCCAUCUGGCGGUAUCUCGGUAUCAGCACCUGGAAGCUCAAAUGGUGGUAGUGCCCCUUAUAAAAAUUCGACAUCGGGAUCAUCUCCAACAACUACAAUCGCUUCUUCGGGAACUGCACCAUUUACCAAUCCUUAUCAAACUGUAACUGGCCUUUCUAGUGGAAGUAUUUCUGACGGCAUUUCAAGCUCGAGUGCAUCGGCACCUUUGUACACAAAUUCGACCACUUUAGCCAGCUCAACUUACCUUGGUACUGCGCCAUUAUCUUCUGGCUCAUCGGAAAGCAGUGUUUUGUCAACAGGAGCUCCAUCAUCCACUCCUCUAUACCCCCUCAACUCGACAUCCACCUCAAGUGGAGUUGCUGGACCUACAAGAUCAGGUGUAUCGGGUGGCAUUAGCUCUAGCUCGUCUGCCAGUGCCCCUUACCCAACGGGUAAUAAUGCUUCAAUGACUACUGGUCCAACUGGUACAGAGUCUGCAACGACAUCCUCUUUAUUAGGAACUGGUACCUCGGGGUCUUCUGCCUCUGGUAUCAUUAGCUCUUCUGCUGGAUCUGUUCCAUACUAUCCUUAUGGAAACAGUACUUCGUACACAAAUGGUCCAACUGGAUCUGGAUCAGGAAUAGGAAGUCCAAGCUCUGUAUCAGGAGGUGUCCAAUCAAGUACCAGUAUUUCAAGCUCAGGGAGCCAUCCAUCUUCUUCUAAUGUAUCUGGUGGAAUCACUUCGUCACUGCUAUCCUCUGCUCCAUAUCCAAUCUCCAACAGUACAGCAACAGCAGGACCCACCAAUCCAGGUACCUCAGAAUCUGGUGGUCUCACUUCUGUUACUUCUGCGCCACUUGGCACUGGAAGCUCACCAUCAUCAAGCGUCUCAGGUGGCAUUAGCACUUCGCCGGCAUCUUCCCAACCAUACCAACCUUAUCCCUAUGGAAAUUAUACCCUUCCAACACUAGGCACAGGUACAGGAGGUGCAGCUACAUCCACACCUUUCGGGUCAGGAAGUUCACCAUCAAGCACCGGUACAGCGCCUCUAGGAACAGGAAGUUCAAGCGCUGAUUCAGGAUCUUCAUCAGUUCCAUACCCAACUCCUUCCAAUGGAACUUUGACUAGUGGACCGACCGCACCGACAGGAACCUCACCAAUAUCUAGCGGUAAUUCUGGCCAAUCGUCAUCAGUUCCAUAUCCAACCUCUUCAAACGGAACCUCAACUGCUGGACCAACUGGACCAUCAGGAACUUCACCAGUCUCAAGCUCAUACCAAUCAUCUGUCUCUGUUGGUCCUUCCAGUGUUGGUAAUGCAACUUCGGUAAAUCCAACCUCAUCUGCCAGUACUUACGAUCCUAAUGGAUCUACUUCCAGUCAAGUGUCCGCAGGAAUCUCGUUAUCGUCGUAUUCAGCAACAGGUCCAUUUAAUACCAGCAUUGGAGCUUCCCCUACUACGUCUUUAUCCUCAGGUGACUCUGGUACGUCGAUCACGUUGGUAACGUCAACACCAUCCACAUUUGCAACAUCGGUUUCGACUGGCACAUAUGCUGGUACCAAUUCUUCUUCCAUCAUAUCAUCGGCUUUAACUUCUGACUCUGGUACUUCAAUCUCAUCCACAGAGUCUUCAAGUGCUGCACCUUCUACAAACGCUCCUAUUCCAACCACUACCUAUUCUCCACCACCAACUUAUGCUCCGCCACCUCCACCAUACUACGCACCACCUCCACCAAAUUAUUAUGGAUGGGGAUCAUGGGGCAGAAAGCAUCAGAAUGGGGAUGCCGGUAGCGUUCGUCGUUGGUUCUGGUAA